UGUACAUAGUAAUGAUUAGGUUACUUGUAAUAUUAAAUACCCUCAUUUGUCAUGGUGACUUUUUUAAUCUUGAUGUAAAAUAUGGUGUAUACACGUUUUCUAACUCAGAAUCAUCAUAUUUUGGAUAUCAAGUAUUAUUACACAAUACAGCAAGUUCUUUUAGGUCAAUAGUUUCUGCACCACGUUUUCAAGGAAGUAACCCUGAGGGAGGCUUAUUUAACUGCAUAGUAAAUGGAGCUAAUUCGUGCUCACAAUUAAAAUAUGAAGAGUUUCCUGAUCAAAACAAAGAAAGUCGAAAAAAUCAAUGGAUGGGUAUGUCUUUAUCUGGAGAUAAAAAUAGUUUGUUAACAUGUGGUCCAUUAUGGAGUUUAAACUCAACGGAUAGCUCUGAAUCAAAGCUUAAAAGUUUAGGAAGGUGUUCUCUUUUGGGUAAAGAUUUAGAUGUGAAGUAUUCUACUUCUCCAUGUGAAAAAGAACUUCUUGACAACAGUAAGUUUGGUUACUGUUUAGCUGGGUUCAGUAGCGCUGCUGGAAACAUUAGUGGUUAUACAACAUACUUUAUUGGUGUUCCAGGAACCUACUUUAACAAAGGAACACUUUUUGGGCUUAUAUCAACUUCUAUAGCAAGCAAACCUACAAAACUUCAAUUCACAGAAGUCCAAUCAGAAAAGGAUAAUGGUACAAUAUACAUAGGUUAUUCAGUUGCUUGGGGAAAAAUUACAUUCAACUCUACGCAGGGAGAUGUUGUUGCUGGAGCACCAAGAGCUAAUGAACUCACUGGGAAGGUAUUUAUCUAUGUUGUCAGGUUUACUAUUGGAGAUUAUAUGUAUAGUUUUUCAAGUCCCAAUAAUCAGGUUGGCGAGUAUUUUGGUGCAAGUGUGUGUGUUGUUGACAUAAAUAACGAUGGGAAAGACGACUUGUUUGUUGCAUCCCCAUUUUACACAGUUGUUGCAGAUGAAGGCAGAGUUUAUUUUUAUAUAAAUAAUAAAAACACUCUGAGUUUUUCAUUGCAAUUAGCACCAACAUCAAUUCAAGGAGCUCGAUUUGGCAGUUCUAUUGGUAAAGUUGGUGAUCUCAAUAAUGAUGGAUACCAAGAUAUUGCAAUCGGAGCUCCAAUGGAUGGUGCUGAUAAUAGAGGUGCAGUUUAUAUAUACAAUGGAGGAUCACAAGGUAUCUCAAACUCAGGGAAGCCUUCUCAAAUCAUCAUGGCAUCUGAUUUUUCAACUAUUGGUUUGUCUGGAUUUGGAUCUUCUAUAUCUAAUGGCCUUGAUGUUGAUGGAAAUUCUUACCCGGAUAUUGCAGUUGGAGCUUACUCAAGUGGGAAAUCUUUUAUAAUAAGAACAAGACCUAUCAUAACAUUAUAUGAUAAAUUGGAAACCAAUGUAAGCCUUAUUCCACUCGACGAUUAUGCAUCUAACUGUAUUGGUCCAGAUAGUAAGAAAUAUUAUUGUAUUGAAUUUAAACCAAACUUGAAGUAUGAAGGGAAGGCAAUGUCAUUUGAUCUGGAGUUGACAUUGGAAAUUGAAAAAAGGUUCCCAACAAACAAGAGGGGGCUAUUUUUUGAAGAUGGCAUUUUAAAAGAUACAAUUACGAAGAAUGCUCUUUUAACCAAAAGCCAAAUCUUUCCUUUUAGUGUUAUUGUGUAUAUCGUUAUAUUGGGGGAUUUUGACAUAAAUGAACCAAUUACUAUCACAACAAAAUAUAAAAGUAUUGAUAAACCAAGUGGAUGUGGAAGUGAGCUGUGUCCCAUUAUUGAUGUUUUUGGAACUUUAUCAAGUUCAUUGCAGCUCAAUUAUUUGAAAGAUUGUGGUUCAGACAGCAUUUGUCAAAUAGAUCUUGUUUCUUCAGCAAAAUUGGUGCUUCUUGGAGUGGCACAGCAGGAACAAAUCAUUUAUGGCUCAGUUUACCAAAUAAGGCUUGAUGCAUCUGUAGUCAAUCUUGGUGAAACAGCUUAUCAGCCAAUCUUAAAGUUUGGAUACAAUGGUGAUUUGCAAGUGGAUUCAAUAGAAAAAAAUGGAAUUCCUAUAAAAUGGGAAAAGUUACCAAAUGAAGUUUCAUUUUUGCUUCAAUAUAUGCUUAAGCAAAAUGAAAAGGUUGACAUAGCUAUAAAGUUUUCUAUGCCAAAAACAAGUCCAUCUUCAGAUAUCUACAGCUUUACAUUUGAAGCAUUAGCCAAAGGAAUCGAUCUAAAUCCAGAAAAUAACAAAGCCAUGAUAAGCAAACCAACCAAAGUAGAGACAUGUGUAAGAGUUAAUGGAAAUGUUGAACCAAGUGUUGUUCUUUUUUAUGACAAUGCUGUCAUGCCUGGUAAUAAUCCAGAUUUAUCAGAAAUUGGUGCAGAAGUUAAAUAUAUGUUUUUUGUUCAAAAUUCUGGAUUUUUUGCGGUGAAUAAUCUAUCUGCAGACGUUGAUUUGGUGGUGAAAAAAGCUGAAAAAGGUCUUGAUCUCAUCUAUGUUGUCAACAUGAUGAUUAAUGGUAAAGAAUGCACACAAAAAGUAAAUCCAUUAAAUCCUUUCAACCUUGUGGAUUCAAAGAAACCAAAAAGAGUUAAACGAUCCAACAACUUGAAUUGCGAGAAUGCAAAAUGCAAUAGAUACAGCUGUGAUAUUUCAAGUAUUGAAAAAAGUCAAAGUGUAACUAUUCAUCUCAUUGCCAGAGUUUGGGAAGCCAAUUUUGUUAAGUUAAAAGUUCCCGCUACAGACCUCAAUGCGACCAUAAAUGUGAAGUUUAGUCAAGAACAAGCUACUACAAACAUUCAAAAAGAAAAUUGCAUUAUGUCGGCUGCGGUUAAUCUCGAUGUCAAGUUGUACAAUCCUCCUCUAAGAAAAUCAAUGCCGUGGUGGAUUAUUUUAGUGGCUAUACUCGUAGCUUUAUUAUUACUCGCAAUCGCCAUCGCACUCUUAAAAAAAGCUGGCUUUUUUAAAAGAAAAAACCAAAAAGCAGCAGCAGAAAAUGAGCCACUCAAAUCAGAGGAGGCUACCUAAAGAUUUAAGAUUUUGUUAGCAUGCAGGAUUCUACUAAAAAUCAAAUCUUCACACUAAAAAUAUUUUAUUGUUAUUAUCUCGAGCUUCAAGUUUAUUUUAAAAAAUUUAAAGAGACUUAUUGUAAAAACUCAAACUUUUAUAGCUGUUUUUUACAUGUUUAUUAGUAAAGAUUUACUUGUUAUUGUUUUUUACUUAUUAGUAAAGAUAUACUUGUAGUUAUUAGUAAAGUCUUUAAACCUGUCGAAUCAGGUUUCUCUUUUGGUAUACAUUUUAACAAAGUAGAUUAGCAAAAAAAAAAAUAUUUAUAUGAAACACUUUUUUUAUUGCUUUUUAAAUAUCUAAAUUAUUAACAACAAAUAAUUGAGCAUUUUGUAUUUUUGUUACAUUUUAUAUAAAGCAAAUAACCAUUUAGUUUCUAUUGUUAAAAGUUUCUCAAAGUUUCAUUUGUCUUUUUUUUUUUUAAUCUUUUUUAAAAAUAUUUAUUUUCCCAAAAGUUGUUAUUUUGUUGUAGUUUUAUUGGAUAUUUUAUUGGAUAUUUCAAGACGUUGAUAAUUGCAAGAAGUAGCUUAUUUUCAAAUAAAAGAAAAACUUUUAAUCUA